AUGGCGCAUAUUAUAAAUCACCAAGUCGCGGGAUGCAGUUUUGACACUACCAGCAGAUAUUCCUCGCUCCGGCUCGUUGGAGUUGGAACAUAUGGACAAGUGUGCUCUGCUACCGAUAAUUUGACCCACCAAGCCGUGGCCAUCAAAAAGAUCGCCGAACCUUUUCAGUCAUUGGAAGCAGCGAAGCGAAGUUUCAGAGAAGUCAAAUUGCUUCGACAUCUCCGACAUGGAAAUAUCAUUUCUGUCCAAGAUAUAUUCGUCUCUCCUUUCGAUGAUUUGUAUCUGGUAACAGACCUGCUGAGCACUGAUCUUGCUCGUGUGAUUCGCUCCAGACCUUUGGAGGACAAAUAUAUCCAAUACUUCUUUUAUCAAAUUAUGCGUGGCUUGAAAUACAUCCAUUCCGCGGGAGUUGUGCAUCGUGAUCUAAAGCCUAGCAACAUCUUGAUCGAUGAGAACUGUGACCUGAAGAUCUGUGACUUUGGCCUUGCCCGAACACUCAAACUGGCAAUGACUGGCUACGUGACGACAAGAUACUACAGAGCACCUGAGACCAUGCUGACUUGGCAAAACUAUGGUGUCGAGGUGGACAUGUGGAGUUCAGGCUGUAUCCUGGCCGAAAUGAUUGAAGGGAAACCUCUUUUCCCUGGUAAGGAUCAUGCGCACCAAUUUCUAAUAAUUUCUGAACUCCUCGGCUCAAUACCACCCGAGAUUCUCCCCAAUAUUUGUGCCAAGGGUACAAUGGAACGCAUUCAGGCCCUUCCACGACGAGAGAAGCUGUCAUUUAGAAAGAUAUUCAAAGAUGCAUCGUUUCAGGCCAUCGAUAUUCUGGAACGUGUGCUCGUGUGGGACCCAAGUCAACGCAUCAGUGCUGCCAACGCUCUUGUCCAUCCAUACAUGAGCGUUUACCAUGACCCAGAGGAUGAACCGGUGGCAGCUGCGCCUUUCAACUGGGCUUUGGUCACCGCUGAGUAUUCAGUAGAUUCGUGGAAAUAUAUGAUAUAUUCGGAAAUCAUGAAUCAUCUUGCACCCUCGUCGUCAUAG